AAAUCGAGGCGAGAAUUUGUUCUUAUCUUUAAAGCGAAUCCUUUCACGGAACUUUUUUGCAAUUAUAUAAAUGGAGAAAGAAUCGGCUCGUUUCGCUUAGUGCUCGCAUCCAAACGCCUCAUUGCGAGAAGCACUCGCUUCCCCCUUUAAAGCGGAUUUGGGGUUUUGGGAUUCGAAAGAGGGAUUAUUAUGGCGGCGGCGGCGGUGGCGAAGAAACAGGAAAAUGGGGUCUCCGCCUCAGAGUCCGAUGGUAUUUCCUCUGUGAUUCCUGGAUGGUUUUCUGAAAUCAGCCAAAUGUGGCCGGGAGAGGCGCACUCCUUGAAGGUGGAAAAGAUUCUGUUCCAAGGGAAAUCUGAUUACCAGAAUGUUAUGGUUUUUCAGUCAUCAACUUAUGGGAAGGUUCUGGUCUUGGAUGGAGUGAUUCAGUUAACAGAGAGAGAUGAAUGUGCUUACCAAGAGAUGAUCACUCACCUUCCACUUUGCUCAAUUCCAAACCCCAAAAAGGUUCUAGUUAUCGGUGGAGGAGAUGGCGGUGUCUUGCGAGAGGUAGCUCGCCAUUCAUCUGUUGAGAAGAUAGAUAUCUGUGAAAUCGACAAGAUGGUAGUUGACGUUUCCAAAGAAUUUUUCCCUCGCGUAGCUAUUGGGUUCGAGGAUCCUCGUGUCACACUUCACGUCGGUGAUGGCGUUGCAUUUCUAAAGGCUGUUCCUGAAGGCACUUAUGAUGCUGUUAUAGUGGACUCAUCUGAUCCUAUUGGUCCUGCACAAGAGCUUUUUGAGAAGCCUUUUUUUGCUUCGGUCGCCAAAGCUCUUCGACCGGGAGGUGUCGUGUGUACUCAAGCAGAGAGCAUUUGGCUUCACAUGAAAAUCAUUGAAGACAUUGUUACAAACUGCCGCCAAGUAUUCAAGGGCUCUGUUAACUACGCUUGGACUACAGUUCCUACAUAUCCAAGCGGAGUGAUCGGGUUUAUGCUCUGCUCGACCGAGGGACCUCCUGUUGAUUUCAAGCAUCCAGUCAACCCAGUAGAGGUGAACGGCAUCGAUACCCCAAACAAUUCGCUUAAGUUUUACAACUCCGAGAUUCAUUCAGCAGCUUUCUGCUUGCCUUCUUUUGCAAAGAAGAUCAUCGAUUCAAAAUCUAAUUGAGCACCAUCUUUCAUCCUGAACCAUCUGGCUUAAACUAGAGCCCCGUGAUGAUGUCGUCUGAGUUAGAAUUAUAGCUGCCUUUUGUUAUGAUCAGCAUCAUAAAGUUUAUUCAAGUUUUAUGAAUAGUAGAAAUAGCUCUUGUUUUCCCCACAAUUUUCCACCUGUUUUUCAUUGUAAGAACAUUGGAUGUUCUAGGUUGAAUGAACAACCUAAAUGCCUAAAUAAUUAUAUUUAGCUCUUUCUAUGUUUGA